CUCCAGCUCCUCUGCCUGGGAAAUGCAGAAAGGAGGACUGCUGCCAGCAAGCUGAGGAUAGUGCAAGUCGAUAGCUGACUCUGUGGUCCCAGACUGAGCACCUCGUGCUUCUGCGUGAUGCGUGACCUCAUCCUUCUACUUUGUGGUCAGGCGUUUCGGCAGAAGCACCCAGCCACGUGUUCUGCCAGCAUCCCUGGGUGUUACAGCUUGUGUCCUUCCUGCACAUUCCCUGUUCCUGGUGGGUGACUCCAGGGGAAAGCUGCAGCAGAAGGAACAGGGGGAGCACUAUGCCUGUGGUGACAGUGACUGGCACCGGAGAGCAAGGAAGUGCCGGGGGUGAUGCCAUGGCUGCUGCGAGCUCCAGCAGGGCCAGAGCCGGGCCGCCCUGCGAGAAGUCGCAGCUCUCCGUGAAAGUUGUGUCCGUGAAGCCCAAGGUGCACAGCCGCCCUUCGCGGAUGAACUGCUAUGUGGAGGUGGCGGGCGAUGGGCUGCCCAGCGAGACCAAGAAGACUGGAAAGCAGAUUGGGAUCUCUGAGCUGCUGUGGAAUGAGAUCCUCAUCCUGAACGUCACAGCCCAGAGCCACUUGGACCUGAAGGUGUGGAGCUGCCAUACCCUGAGGAACGAGCUCUUGGGCACUGCCUCCGUCAGCCUCGGAAACCUGCUGAAGAGCGGCGGGAAACUGGAGAACAGGCAGCUGACCCUGGAUCUGCAGACGGAGAACAAAGGCAGUGUUGUCUCCGGUGGAGAGCUGACGAUUUUCCUGGAUGGGCCUGCUGUUGAUCUGGGAAGCCUGCCUAAUGGCAGUGCUGUGACAGAGGGGUCCCAGGUGCCUGGACGGGACCUCAGCAGCACCACAGCAUCCACAGAGAGCAGGCACCAGCCUCCCAGUACAAACUGCUUUGGAAGCAGACUGAGGACGCACCGACAUGCAGUUGGAGUGGCCAGGCAAAACACAGGGAGUGGAGAGCAAAGUCCCAGCGCCAGGAACCGGCACCGACAGCAGGCCAAGAGCACACAGCACGCCAGCAUGGCCAAUGGCACAGUGAAUGGAGACGCAGCGGGUGCUGUGGACAUCGAAGAGGAAAGGCCGGCAGCGGGAGCGACCGUACCGACCCCUGUGGCAUCGAGCACAGCUGACAGCUCCAUCACUCCUGCCCCUCCUGCCCUGCCCGGCUCUGGAGAGGCAGAGGAGGCAGCCUCCGGCUCCAGUGCCCCACCGGCCCGGGCAGCAGCGCUAGCCCUGGAUGCUCUGCCCCCUGGGUGGGAACAGCGAGAGCUUCCUAACGGUAGAAUCUACUAUGUAGACCAUAACAACAAGACCACCACGUGGGAGAGACCUCUUCCUCCAGGGUGGGAGAAGCGUGUGGAUCCUCGAGGCAGGUAUUACUAUGUGGACCACAACACCCGGACCACCACGUGGCAGCGCCCUACAGCUGAAUAUGUCAGGAACUAUGAGCAGUGGCAGUCCCAGCGAAACCAGCUCCAAGGAGCAAUGCAGCAGUUCAGCCAAAGAUUCCUGUACCAGUCGUCCGGCGCCCCAUCCGACAAUGAUCCUCUUGGCCCCCUUCCUCCUGGCUGGGAGAAGAGACAGGACAAUGGGCGAGUGUAUUACGUGAACCACAACACACGGACCACCCAGUGGGAAGACCCUCGCACACAGGGGAUGAUCCAGGAACCACCGUUGCCACCCGGCUGGGAGAUGAAGUACACGAAUGAGGGUGUACGCUACUUUGUGGACCACAACACUCGCACCACUACCUUCAAGGAUCCACGCCCUGGGUUUGAGUCUGGGAGCAAGCAGGGUGGCUCCCCAGGGGCAUACGACCGGAGCUUUCGCUGGAAGUACCACCAGUUCCGCUUCCUCUGCCACUCAAACGCGUUGCCCAGCCAUGUGAAGAUCAGCGUUUCUCGACAGACGCUCUUUGAGGACUCCUUCCAGCAGAUCAUGAACAUGAAGCCAUAUGAUCUGCGCCGCCGCCUAUACAUCAUCAUGCGAGGAGAGGAGGGCCUGGACUAUGGUGGCAUUGCUAGGGAGUGGUUCUUCCUCCUGUCCCACGAGGUGCUUAACCCCAUGUACUGCCUCUUCGAGUACGCCGGCAAGAACAACUACUGCCUGCAGAUCAAUCCUGCCUCUUCCAUCAACCCAGACCACCUCACCUAUUUCCGCUUCAUCGGCCGUUUCAUCGCCAUGGCUCUGUAUCACGGGAAAUUCAUCGAUACUGGCUUCACGCUGCCUUUCUAUAAGCGGAUGCUGAACAAGCGGCCCACGCUGAAGGACCUGGAAUCCAUCGACCCAGAGUUUUACAACUCCAUCGUCUGGACCAAGGAGAACAGCCUGGAGGAGUGCGGCCUGGAGCUGUACUUUAUCCAGGAUAUGGAGAUCUUGGGCAAGGUGACCACCCACGAGCUAAAGGAGGGUGGCGAGAGCAUCCGGGUGACGGAGGAGAACAAGGAGGAGUACAUCAUGCUGCUGACAGACUGGAGGUUCACAAGGGGCGUGGAGGAGCAGACCAAGGCUUUCCUGGAUGGCUUCAAUGAGGUGGUGCCACUGGAGUGGCUGCGGUACUUUGACGAGAAGGAGCUGGAGCUGAUGCUGUGCGGCAUGCAGGAGAUCGACAUGAACGACUGGCAGAAGAACACCAUCUACCGGCACUACACCAAGAACAGCAAACAGAUCCAGUGGUUCUGGCAGGUGGUUAAAGAGAUGGACAACGAGAAGAGGAUCCGACUGUUGCAGUUUGUGACUGGGACGUGCCGCCUGCCCGUUGGGGGGUUUGCAGAGCUCAUCGGCAGCAAUGGGCCCCAGAAAUUCUGCAUUGAUAAAGUUGGCAAAGAGACGUGGCUGCCUCGGAGCCAUACAUGCUUUAACCGUCUGGAUCUCCCUCCCUACAAGAGCUACGAACAGCUGAAGGAGAAGCUGCUUUAUGCGAUUGAGGAGACAGAAGGAUUUGGACAGGAAUGACGGAGCUUUGGUGCUUUCCCGGGGUGGGGAGGGCCCUGGAGCGCUGCUGCUGGCCACAAGGUCCUGCCUGCUGUGCCCCACAGAGCCCAGUGCCGAGCCCUCUCCGUGGGACGGUGUGCAGGCACCUGCAAAACACUGUUGCUCUUGUUUCUGUACGAGAUCUGCACUAAUGCAGCUCUGGGGGAAUGGGUCCAUGUUUCCCUCCCCAAACACAUUUGAGGCAUUACGGGGAGGUGGUCACAAAAGCCUGUCUCUGCUCGGCUUGUGAGGGGCGUGGGCUGGCACAGAGGGGGGGGGGCGAAGCCCUGGGCCUCAGCAGGCUGCCUUGCGGGGCUCCCUGGUCCCCUCUCGCAGUUACACGAGAUCUGGUUUUGGCACAGGCUAUUUACCCCCUUAGUAUUUUCUGCCUUUUCAUGGUGUUUUAAUACAUGCAGGUGAGGAAAUGAAAUGGCUCUUGAACCAACUCUCAGGUCGCAUUUAGGCCCUGUCUUGCACCCAGCAAAGGUAACAGGGGACCCCCAGGUGAUGCCGGGGCUGAUGCACUGCACAAGGGCCAGGACGGCCCCUUCCUGCACCAGACCCAUGGUCACCCAGGCCCAGGGUCUGGCUGACUGUGUCCAUUGUGUUUCGAUUUAAAAGAGUGUGGCCCCUGUGCUGUUUUAUUUAAGUGGUGUGUUGCUCAGAGCUGGUGCUCUGCAAACAGCCCUCGGGGCUCCAACCGCGUUCUGGGCACAUCUGGCCUUUGCUUCGUUCGUAGGUUCAGCCCAAACUUCCUCUGUUUCCUCUGUGGCGGGCCAGGCUGGUGGCAGGAGCUUCUGGAGCUGUGGGUGAGGGCAGGAUCAGGCCUCUGCCCCUUGCCUGGAUGCCACCUCUGUUGCUGUCCCCCCCUGCCCCAGGGAGAGGAUGCGUGUGAGCGUUGAUGUACAUAGCUGUACAUAAAGGAAGUCUGUGGAUACAAGACAUCGCAAUAGCUUUUGACUGGUAACCGGAUAGUUUUGUACUGCACCAUCCUGCCUCAGUGACGCCGACUUCUUGUGCAAUAAAGGAUAAGCAGCUGCCGUGGUGUGUGUCCCUGGUCGGUGUGUCACACGGGGGACAGCCCCGUGUAGCCCCUGGGGCUGAAGGGCUGUGGUGGGCGCCCAGAACUCGGCAGCAGCAUCGUCAAUAAUACCUCUUUUUUCCCUGACCACACUGCGCAGGAGUGUCAGGCUGGGAGCAGCGCUCCUGCCUGCUUUCGCCCAACCUAUAAUCACACUCAGCUAAAAAUGUCUCCAGGACGCUUUGCCAGGGCUGGAUUUGCCUCCCCGUGUCACCGUGUGAAAGCUAGAGUGGCAUUGGUGGAAUAAAAUCAGGUGGAGGAAGCCAUCAGCCAUAGGCUGAUGGUGUUGGUAAAGAACUCCACCAUAAGCAGAACUAAACAAACCCGCUAUUCAUAUCGCCAGGGGCCAGCAUGCAUCUGGUAAUUUUGCUGUGACUUUGCUUUUCAGCAGCUGCCUUGGCUGCUUGGUUCUUUGUGUGGAUUUGGGGUGUUUUUUUGGGUUGGAUGGGUUUUAAGUCUGUACUUGUGCCGCACUGUGUGAGAUCCUUGCCAAGUGUGGCACCACUGGUGCCAGCCUAAUCCCUGCAGAAAUGCUUCAAUCGCUGUGGGCAGGCAGUUGGCACUUUGCGGUCUCCUGGCGCUGCUGUGGUGCUGCGGUUUACGUCCUCCUGGAGCACUGGGCACCGCUCACGCCUUGGCCGACAGGAUAGCAGGGGCAUUGGUGUUGGUUUGUGCCCGGGAGGGGCACGUCCCCUCCUGUCCCAUCCCCUAUGAGAUGCUGCAGCCCACAGCCACCCUGUCCCUUUGGCCCAGGAGGCCAGAGGCUUGCAUGGCCUUUCCCUGUCAUCCUGGUGUAGGACAGUGAUGUGGGAUGGGACAGUGGGUUCCAACUGUGGUGGCUCUGGUGACUUUGUGUAAAGGAGACUUUGCUGGUGUGAUACCACCGCUGUGCUCUGCUGAGGCGUGUUUUGGUGCUACCGUAACAGUUUUCAGCAUAAAGAACGAGCAAACAGGGGCUCCAGCAUGCUCUGGGCAGAGCCAGCAGCCCACGCACCUCCCCAGGCAGGCAGCCAAGCCGGUUCCUUCACUGGCACAGAGCUGUGGAAGCCGUGACAGCAGCAACGUGCCACCUGCGCUAUACUGACAGGCCACAAGGUGCCUGGGGACUGUAUAAACAGGAACCAGAUUAAAUACACAGAUGUUUGUUGCAUGGAAUUGGCUAAUUUGCAAGGAAUUGCUCCUGAAAAAUUAUAAUACCUAGGCACACAGUAAGCAGAAUACAGCAGUGACCACGCGUCUUACAGGAGGAAGGGAAGAUGUUCCUCAGUGUGGCAGCACUGUGCACGACCUUCAUUCCUCACCAGAGCAGCAUCUCAUGUCUCUCUCUCCCCUAUGUUUCCACCCCUGCAAAGCUACCCAUGAGUCAGGAAUAUUGUUUUUAAUCUACUUAAAUUUUAAGUGUCAGGUAACAAAACAGUUAAGCCCGAUCUCCUCACUGGCCAGCUAGAAAGGAUAGGAGAAAGAAAAUGACAAUGGCUUAGCACAAAGUAGAGUGCUAAGAGUGAUCCAGCAGCAGCAGCAACAGCCUCUUUGCACCUCUCAGUGGUGCUUCCCAACUCAGCGCCUCCUCCUCAGCUCAGAAAUGAACCGAUGCUGAUAAAUCGGCUGUUGCCCAGCAGUGAACAGUGGCAGGAGAUAAGUACCAAGAACAAAGGCUGGCACAGCAAGUGGUUGAAAUCCUCAGCUGUUGGUCUAACACUCCCCUUGAAGGUACACUGGGGGAUGGACCAGUGCAGCACUUAAAAUAAAUAAAAAAGAUAUCCCCCUGGCUUUUUUACCCCUUCCCUGUCCAGCGCUGAGCCCAAAUUGCCAGGCCCGCCCUACAGCAACUGUCUGCCUGUUGUGCCAAGUGCCAGCUGGAGAAGAUCUAUCCAGACACAUUCCAAUGAACACAAAAAGCAGGUGUCAAAGUAGAAGAAAGCAGAGCACCGACCAUUUCAACAAGAGAAAAGAAC